GUCCACGAGGAGCAGGCCUACCACUACGACAAGCAGGCCGCCUCCACCCCUCUCCGUUGCCUCGGUAUCUCGCCCUGGGGCUACGUGCGUGAGCGACACUGCCUGGUUACCGGCGUAAGUCAUGCGAGCCUCUGUUUGUGUGUGCCAAUAGAGCCUCUCGCUCAGGCGACCUUUGACCUUUCUUCACCCUCACCACUCGCCCAGCUCCACUUUGUCUACUUCCCGCCAACCAAAUCAACCACAUCAACCAGAUUCGGUCAAUUUGGACGCAGGAGACGAGAGAGCAUUUGUCCACUGAGUUGCUAA